AAUACGCAGCGUGAGUGUUGCGUUAAAAAUAAAUAAUUUUAAACUUAAUUAAUAAACCAAACUGGCAGUCAAGCGCCUAUUGUUUUUCAACCACCACCAACAUUCCCGUGCGUUGUAUUACAGCGUCAACUCCCACAGUUUCAGAUAUAUAAGUGAUUUUGGGAAAAUGGCAAUUGGAAAAUCCACAUUGGGAUUGAGAGAUCCCGGAUCAGGAAUUCCACCUAACUCUGGAGGCUCAAGAAGUCCAGCUGGUGCCUCCAAUGUGGGUGUAAUGGGACGUUAUAACAAUAUAAUCAAAUCACAAGAAGAUAAGAGUUCGUACAGAGGCCUCAUUCUGUCCAACCGUAUGAAAGUAUUACUGGUGAGCGAUCCCAAAACGGAAAAGUCUGCUGCGGCACUUGAUGUCAACGUUGGUUACCUCAGCGAUCCCGAUGAACUGCCCGGAUUGGCUCAUUUCUGUGAGCACAUGCUGUUUCUAGGCACUGAGAAAUAUCCACAGGAAAAUGAGUAUUCAAAGUUUUUGUCCGAGCACGGAGGAGGGUCUAACGCGAGCACAGCCAUGGACCACACCACUUACUAUUUUGACGUGCUGCCCCCACACCUCGGCAGGGCUCUGGACAUAUUCGCGCAGUUCUUCAUACGUCCUCUGUUCACGGAGUCGGCCACCAGUAGAGAGCUCAACGCCGUGAACUCUGAGCACGAGAAGAACACCACCUCGAACUACUGGAGGCUGGAGCAGGUGAACUGCGCGCUGGCGGACCCUCGACACCCCUACUCCAAGUUCGGAACAGGCAACAAAGAGACCCUGGAUAUCAUACCGAAGUCGAAAGGCAUUAAUGUACGCGACGAACUCCUCAAGUUCCACGAGAGGUGGUACUCUUCGAAUAUCAUGACGCUUGCCGUUUUGGGAAAAGAAUCCUUGGACGAGCUGGAAGCGUUAGUGGUUCCCUUGUUCGGGCCCGUCCUGGACCGUGACGUCACGGCGCCCUCAUGGCCCGAGCAUCCGUUUCCGCCGUCCAGACGCAGGACCAGGGUGCACUGCGUCCCCGUGAAGGAUACUAGGUCCUUAUCUAUAAGUUUUCCAUCACCAGACAUGAGGAGAUAUUACAAAAGCGGGCCGGCGCGGUACGUGUCGCACGCGGUGGGUCACGAGGGGCCCGGCAGCCUGCUCGCCGCGCUCAAGGCCAGGGGAUGGUGCAACAAUUUGUCAGCCGAUCCGACGGGUGGUGCCCGAGGGUUUGGCUUCUUUGAUGUCCUCGUGGACCUCACCGAGGAGGGCAUUGACCAUGUCGACGACAUCAUAACCCUACUGUUCCAGUACCUCGCCAUGCUGAGGGCCCAGGGUCCGCAGCAGUGGGUGUGGGAGGAGCAGCGCGAGCUGAGUGCCAUCAGCUUCCGGUUCCAGGACAAGUACGAGCCCCGGCAUUUCGUCAAGGGCCACGUCAGCCUGCUUCAGGAUUAUCCGAUAGAGGACGUCCUCAGCGUCUACGACCUCAUGACGGAGUGGAGACCGGACCUCAUCGAGGAGCUGCUGGACUGCUUGACUCCGGAGAACAUUAGGGUAGCUAUAAUGGCCAAACGUUUUGAAGAGAAGUGUACGCAAAUCGAACCUUGGUACGGUACGAAAUACCUGAGGGAGACCAUAGAGGAUGCCAAGAUUAAGACGUGGAGGUCCGCGACUCCAACCCAGGAGCUGCAUCUGCCCUCGGUUAACGAGUACAUCCCCACGAGGCUGGAGGUGCUCGAGUCGGAGGAGGAGUCCCCCACCGCCGCCCCCACAGCACCGACCAUCAUUAAGGACACGCCGCUGGUGCGGCUCUGGUACAAGCUGGACGGCGAGUUCCGUCUCCCGAAGGCCACGAUGCGGUUCAGCUACGUCAGUCCCCUGCCGAACUCUGACCCCCUGUGCUACAACCUGUGCACGGUGUGGGUGAUGCUGGUGCGCGACGCGUUGCAGCAGAGCACGUACUCCGCCAGUCUGGCCGGCCUGUCCUGGAGUCUGGGGUCGGAGGUCAACGGGAUCACGAUAACCAUAAACGGAUACGACGACAAGCAACACGUCCUGUUGGACACGAUCUCGGGGAUGCUGUCCGCGAAGCCGGACCCCCAGAGGUUCGAGAUCAUCAAGGAGAUCUUCGUGCGAGCCAUGAAGAAUUACGAAACCGAACAGCCGUACCAGCACGCCCUUCUGGAGCAGACGAUGUGUCUGACGGACGUCUGCUGGACCCGCCCCCAGCUGUUGGCUGCCGCCCAGGUCAUGACCGUCGACCAGCUCGAAGAUUUCAUCAGCAGGAUGCUGAGGAAGGUGCACAUCGAGGGUCUGAUCAUCGGGAACGUGACCAAGGAAAGGGCUCUGGAGAUGGCCGACGGUCUGGAAGCCAAGUUGCCCAAGGACGGCACCCCGCUCUUGGCCCAGCAGUUACUGCAGCGUCGGGAAGUCGAGAUAGAAAAAGUUUGGGGAGAUACGUCCUGCGCCUUGCUUUCGCAGGAGCAGCUUGGGUACAUAGUCGUCAGCGGUGUCCGUCGUGCUAAUGGCGUCCAAGGGUUGAGGGUCAUAGUCCAGGGCGACAGGCACCCCCGCUACCUGGAGACCAGGAUAGAAGCCUUCAUCGGCAAUGCUCAAGAGUAUUUAGAGAAUAUGAAGAACGAAGAGUUCUUGAAGUUCCGGUCGGCGCUGGCUGCCCGGAAACUGGAGAAGGCGAAGCACAUCGGGGAGCGGGCCACGAGGUUCUGGUCCGAGAUAGCGACGCAGAUGUACAACUUUGAUCGCGCGACUAUUGAAGUGGAGCAACUAAACGCGGUCACUCAGCAGGACCUCAUAGAGUACUACAAGAAACACAUAAGUCCAAAGUCGGACGAGCGCCGGAAGCUGUCCGUGCACGUGGUGUCUACGGCGGAAGGCGGCGCCGGGCGGCUGACACCCGACAAUGACACCGUCAUUGACACCCGCAGCGACAGGCAGCCGAUAAUAGUGACCGAUAUCGUAGAGUUCAAAUCUCGACGAGGACUGUACCCUCACCCGGUGCCCUUCAUGAGCGUGCCGAGAAAGGGGGCUCACUGCAAACUGUGAGCACCCGUGACCCGACAGACGAUCUUAGUUCAUAAUGAGAUAUAAGUAAAGAAAUUUGUAAUUAAAAUGUUUGGGAACUUCAUACUGGGUACAUUAAGGAAGUAAUGUGCCCGUCGCCUUAUUUUGUAUAAAGCCUCAACUGGCGGCGGCGUCGCAUUGACAUGUCAGUGGCAUCGUCCAGUCGCUAUUAUGUAACGAAUGCCGAGUUUAACAAUACUAAUAUUUGUUCGCGUCAAGUUAAACAUAGCUUGUGCGUUUUAGCCACAAAUGACGUCACAGUGUUUCGGUACAUUCUCGAACGCGUCAAAAUAGGUGAUCACAAUUGUUGGUGAUAUGUAUAUAGAUUUACGAAAAUGUUAAUAAAUAAUUAACGAAUACAAA